AUGACGGCCAACAAUAUCGAAUCAAGUUCGUAUAUUUUCCAAGACAUAUUUGAGAACAACUGGAAUGAAACAGUUAACACUUUCGAUGACAUGAAUUUACAUGAAAAUCUUCUACGAGGCAUCUAUGGAUAUGGCUUUGAAAAGCCAUCCAUGCUUGAAAAACUUGCUAUCAAACCAUGUAUUGCAGGACGUGAUAUGUUUGCUCAAGCAUAUUCAGGUUCAGGGAAAACUAGUUCAUACGUUAUUUCUGUGUUACAACGAAUCGAUCCGGAGAUCAAAGACUGUCAAGCGUUGAUCUUGGCGCCUACGAGAGAACUAGCUCAAAGUAUCAAUUAUGUGAUCUCCAGUGUUGGCCAAUACAUGAAUAUUACUUGCCAUGCUUGUACCGGUGGUACGCAUAUUCAUAGCGAUAUCGAACGUUUUGAAAAAGGUGUUCAGAUUGUAACUGGAACACCUGGUCGAGUUACUGACGUGAUAAACCGAUCAAAACUUCGUAUUGAUCACGUUAAGAUGCUCGUUUUGGAGGAAGCGGAUGAAAUAUUGGAUCAUGGUUUCGAAGAACAAAUUAGUGGCAUAGUAGAUAAACUACCGUCUAGUACCCAGAUAGUAGUAUUCUCGGCUAGUUUACCGGCUGAACUGGACAAAAUAACGGCCAAAGUCAUGAAAGAUCCAGUGAAAAUUCUGCUUAAAAGUAACAACUUGACUCUCGAGCCUAUUCGUCACGUACUGCAUCAACAUCUAAGUCAGCAAGAACGGGAUGUUAUUGUCCAACAAUUUCAAACGGGAUCAAGUCAAGUAUUGAUCACUGUCGAUUUAUUCGCUCGUUCUAUCAAUCAUCAGGUCAAUUUGUACAUUAACUACGACUUACCAAACAGCAUGGACAAUUACAUCCAUCGAAUUGGUCAUAGCGGCGCAUAUGGUCGAAAAGCGACGGCGAUUACUCUCAUCACCAAGGAGGAUCAGGGAAUGUUACGAAGUAUCGAAAAAUACUAUGAUACACAUAUCGAGGAAUUACCCGCUGAUAUUGCCAAUCUCAUUUAG